AUUUCCCAGAACCCCACGCGGCGGAUAUAGCGCAGCCAGCUUCCGGUCGAAGUGUAAAUGGCUACAUGACACAGUUGAUCGGAGGAAAGCGUCUUCUCUUCUUUCGGAAACCCCGUUAGCGUACGCAAAGACUACCGACGAGGUUGUUUUUUUUUGUAACGGCCGACGGUCGCGUGGAGACUCCGGCUGCGAUGGAGGCGGUUCCCCGGAUGCCGAUGAUCUGGCUGGACCUGAAGGAGGCUGGGGAGUUCCCGUUCAGCCCGUCCGUCAAGCAGUUCAUCUUGAAGAAUUAUGGAGAGAAUCCAGACAACUACAACGAGCAGCUGAAGAAACUGGAGACGCUGCGCCAGAGUGCGGUGAAUGUGACGAGAGACUUCGAGGGAUGCAGCACGCUCAGGAAAUACUUCGGCCAGCUGCAUUACGUCCAGAGCCGAGUGCCCAUGGGAACGGGCCAGGAGGCUGCCGUACCCAUCUCAUGGACAGAAAUCUUCUCUGGAAAGACGGUGACCCACGAUGACAUCAGCUACGAGCAAGCCUGCAUCCUCUACAACCUGGGGGCCCUGCACUCCAUGUUGGGAGCCAUGGACAACAGGGUGUCUGAGGAGGGGAUGAAGGUGUCGUGUACGCACUUCCAGUGCUCGGCGGGGGCUUUCUCCUACCUGAGAGACCAUUUCAGCCACAACUUCAGCGUGGACAUGAGCCACCAGAUCCUCAACCUCAACAUCAACCUCAUGCUGGGACAGGCUCAGGAGUGUCUUCUGGAGAAGUCCAUGUUGGACAACAGGAAGAGUUUUCUGGUCGCUCGCAUCAGCGCUCAGGUGGUGGAUUACUACAAGGAGGCCUGCAGGGCGCUGGAGAACUCUGAGACGGCGUCGAUGCUGGGGAAGAUUCAGAAAGACUGGAAGAAACUGGUCCAGAUGAAGAUCUACUACUUUGCUUCCAUUGCACAUCUUCACAUGGGGAAGCAGGCCGAGGAGCAGCAGAAGUACGGAGAGCGGCUGGCGUACCUGCAGAGCUCCAUGGACAAACUCACGGAGGCCAUCAAGCUGGCCAAGGGGCAACCGGACAGCGUGCAGGACGCCUUGAGAUUCACCAUGGACGUCAUCGGGGGAAAGUUUAAUUCAGCCAAAAAGGACAAUGACUUCAUCUACCACGAGACGGUUCCUUCUCUGGAGACUCUGGCCUCCGUCAAAGGUGCCCCGCUGGUGAAAGCUCUGCCGGUCAACCCCACGGACCCCAGUGUCACCGGACCCGACCUGUUUGCCAAGUUGGUGCCGAUGGCCGCCCACGAAGCGUCGUCGCUGUACAGUGAGGAGAAGGCCAAGCUGCUGAGGGACAUCAUGAUGAGGAUCGAGAGCAAGAAUGAGACACUAGAACAGUUCAUGGACUCUCUGGGCUUGGAGCCGGAGUCGGUGGACAACCUGGACAUGUACAGCCACAUCCCUCCGGUCCUGAUGGAGAAGUGUGCUGCGCUCAGCGUCCGACCCGACACCGUCAAGAGCCUCAUCCAGUCCAUGCAGGGGCUCUCGGGCGUCUUCACCGACGUGGAGUCUUCGCUGAAGGAGAUACGGGACGUCCUGGAGGCGGACGAGGCCGGGCGGCGAGCCCUCCUGGAGGCGGGCGGCCCGGCCGCGGCCGAGGUGCACCCGGCGGCUCAGGCCCAGGCGCUGGCUGAGAUCUGCCGGGACCUGGAGAAGUACAUGGAGGCCCACGAGAAAGCCAGCUUCACCAACACGGAGCUCCACAGGGCGAUGCACCUGCACAUCAGCAACCUGCGUCUGCUGGGGGGGCCGCUGGAGAACCUGAAGGAGGCCCUGCCCCGGCCCCAGCUCAGCGAAGAGGAAGUAGCAGGGCUGCAGUGUAUGAAGCGGAUCCUGGGGAAGGUGCAGGAAAUGAGGGACCAGAGAAGCUCUUUGGAGAAACAACUGCGCGACCUGAUCCAGCACGACGACAUCACCUCCACCCUCGUCACCACGGAACGGGCCGACAUGAGGCGUAUCUUCGAGGAGCAGCUGAAGAAGUACGAGCAGGUGAAGGUGUACCUGGACCAGAACCUGGCUGCCCAGGAGAACAUCCUGAAGGCCCUGACGGAGGCCAACGUCCAGUACGCCUCGGUCCGCAAGGGCCUGAGUCAGACGGAGCAGCAGUGGAACGGCACCGUGCACGGGCUGGUGGGCUCCUACGAAGCCUACGAGGACCUGAUGAAGAAGUCGCAGGAGGGGAAGGAGUUCUACGACGACCUGGAGGCCAAGGCGUCGCGCCUGCUGGAGAGAGCGAAGACCCUCUGUGAGACCAGGGCCGAGGAGAGGAAGCCCGCUUUGGACAAAGAGACCCAGAAGAAGCCCCCGGCGCGACCAACGGCAGCCAAGCCCUCCCUGAAGCCGAAGGCGCCGGACGUGGACUCGGCCUGCUCCAGUCUGGACGACCCAGAGUUGGCCCAGCUCAGUGCAGCUAUCUUGGCCUUGGGGGGGGACCUGCCCGAAGAGCUCCGCAGCCUCCCAUGUGACGUUCCCUCUUUCCACACCUCGGGGGCUCGUCUUCCCGGUCCUGAAGUCUUCGCCCCCCACGCCGCUAACCUGGGCGGCGGCGGCGGCGGCUCUCUGCCGUGGCCCGGCGCUCCAGCUGCCGGUCGCUUCCCGGCCAAUCUGCCUCCUCCAGAGCUCCUGGCGCGGAUCGCUCACUUCCCGACUUCCGGGCCUCAAGCGACGCACGGGCCUCUGCCGCGCGGAACCCUCCCACAGAUGACGGCGCAGAUGCAUCCGCAAAUGCCAAACCAGGCAGCCGUGUCGGGCUAUCGGCCGCCCCCUCCUCAGGCCCCACAACCUGGCCUCGUGGCUCCGACCCCGAUCCGGCCCUCUACAGCCACCGUGGCUAGCAUCCAGGCCCCGAUCCCGAGCUACGCCCCUACGCCGCAACACCACCAUGUCAUGCCUGCAGCCUCUACUGGCUACGCUGUACCCCCACAGAUGGGGGCCUACCCCCAGUUUAUGCCCCAACCGGGAAUGCCCGUCCAAGGCCCGCCACCCCAACCGCAGCAGCAGAAACAGCCGUACCCUCAGCCCAUCGGGCACCCAAUGCCUCAGGGGUACCAGCCUGGGCCGGGGGCUAUUCUUGGCCCUCACCCCCAUCUCCAGGCUCCGCAAGGCUACCUUCACGGAUAUAUGCCCCCUCAGCCUGGCGUGCCUCCCCAUUACCAGCAGGUGUUCCCGGGUCAGCUGCAACCGCAUCAACAAAAUGGCUACCAGCCCCAGCCUCAGCUCCCACAAGGCUACCAGACUCCACCGGGCUACGUACCCCAGCAUCACCCUCAGAUGAUGCCAGGCUCCAUGCAAAGGCCCCCUCAGGGCCACAUGCAUCCACACUUACCCCCGACGUCUCAGCCGGCACCCCCGGUGUCUCAGGCCUACCUGCCCCACCCACACCAACAGAUGCCCCCUCACCAGCACAUGUUGCCACAACAGCAGCACAUCUCAAUGCCUCCCAAUGUCCAGCAGAUUCCGCCCCACCCGCAGAUGCAGAUACCAGGUGGUCCCGGAGCACAAAUGCCCCCCACAAGUCAACCGAUGCCGCCGGUCUCGCAGAGCUACAUGCCCCCUACGAAUCAGCCCGGUCACCCCAGCCUGCUGCCUCAGAUGCCUCCAGGUCCUCAGGUCCACCUGCCGAGGGGCCCAAUGCCACAGAUGCCUCCCAGUGCACUACUCCAACAACAUCACCCCCACCCCGGACAGCCUCCGAUACCGAACAUGCCCCAACAGCCCAUGCGGAUGCCCAGCCAGACUCAGCCCCCUCAUUCUGGGGGCGUAUGCUACCCCGGAGGGGCUCCGUUGAUGCCCCAGCAGCCUCUGGCGCCGCAGCCUGCAGCUCCCCAACAACCUCAGGCUCCUCUUCCCAUGACCCACCCGCAGCCCCCCGCUAUUUACCCUUCGGCUCCAGGAGCUAAUGUGCCUGCAAGUGCUCCACAGCAACCCCCCCCCAUGGGCCCGCGUGGUCCGCACGUUCCCCCGGCACCGCACAUGAUCCAGCCCACUCCUGGGGGUCCUUCAGCAGCUCCACCGCCCAACGCUGUCCCUCCUUCCCCUUCGCCUUCCCCCUCCCCGUCUCCCUCCCCGGGUCCCACCUCUCUGAGUCUGAACCCCCAGCAGAGACCCACGCCAGCCCCCGCUCCCGGCGGCGCCGCUCCGCCCACUCUUCCCUCCCCCUCCGCCGUCUCUCCCUCCACGUCGUUGUUUCAGCGCCAGAAAUCGAGCACAGACGACCUCCUCUCUUCGAGUCCCGAGAGCCAACCGGGUGGACCCAAGGCCCCCACCAAUGUCCUCCAACCCACCAAAGCGGACCCGCAGGACGGGGAGCGUCGCAAGAAGAGCUCCCAGGGAGUCCUGCUGAUCCAGGGCGACCCGUACCAGGCACCGGAGCGCGUCGCCCGUCUUCACGGCGAACUGGAGCGCUACCGGUCCCGCGUGGAUUCUCUGGAGCACCCCUCGGAGAGCGAGGGCGGCCUGUCGGUGCUGGACGCCCGCUGGAAAGAGCUCCAGGACCAGCAGGAGCGGGACGCCCGGCAGCUGUCCAUCGCCAUCGCCCGCUGCUACACCAUGAAGAACCGCCACCAGGACGUCAUGCCCUACGACCUCAACCGCGUGGUGCUGCAGUCGGGCAAAGACGACUACAUCAACGCCAGCUACGUGGAGGACCUGUCGCCGUACUGCCCGCGCCUCAUCGCCACGCAGGCGCCGCUCACCGGCACGGCGGCCGACUUCUGGCUGCUGGUGUACGAGCAGAAGGUGUCGCUGGUCGUCAUGCUGGUUUCGGAGCAGGAGCUGGAAAAGGGUAAGGUCAUGCGCUACUUCCCGACGGAGCGCGGCCAGCAGCUCGCCCAGGGACCAAUCACGCUCUGCCUCACCACGCAGAAGACGACGCCCACGCACGUGGAGCGCAUGAUCAGCCUGCAGUACCGCGACCAGAGCCUGAAGCGCACCGUGGUCCACCUGCAGUUCACCUCCUGGCCGGAGCUCGGUCUCCCUGACAGCAAGAGCAACCUGCUGAGCUUCAUCCAGGAGGUGCAUGGACACUACCUCCACCAGAGGCCCCUACACACACCUGUGGUGGUGCACUGCAGCUCCGGCGUCGGACGCACCGGCGUCUUCUGCCUGCUGUACGCCGCGCUGCAGGAGCUGGAGGCCGGAAACGGGAUCCCGGACCUUCCUCUGCUGGUGAAGAAGAUGAGACAACAGAGGAAGAACAUGCUGCAGGAGAAGCUGCACCUGAAGUUCUGCCACGAGGCCGUGUUGAAGCACGCCGAGCUCGUCCUCCAGAGACACGGCGUCACCACCUGCAGCAAGAGCACCAGCGCCGCCGCCACCAAGUCUUACUCGAGACAGGAGUCCCAGCAGGACAUCGUCCUCGGGGGCGACAUGCCCAUCAGCUCCAUCCAAGCCACCAUCGCCAAGCUCAGCAUCCGGCCGCCGAGCGCCACCGACCCCACCAUGGAGGCGGCGUGCGGCCCGGAGGACGCCGUCCCGCUGGGUGACGCCACGCCGCUCCAGGAACCCUUCCCCCCCACGGUCCCCCGGCCGCCCUCCUCCUUCAGCCCGCCUCUCUCCCCGCCUACAUGCUCUCCACCGCCACCCAACGGUCUGGACGCCUCCCCCUCCACGACGCCGCCGCCCAACCCCGGCGACGUCCCGCCUCCCGCCCCGGCGCCGUCGUCCCUGGAGCUGCUUGCCGCGUUGACGCCCGAGGCCUUCUCCAUGGAGGGCGGGGGCAAGGGGAAGCAGCGGGUCACCAAGCAGAGCUUCUUGCAGCCGGCGGAGGGUCAGGGUCUCCACGGGACUCGGGGGAAAGAGGGCGACGACCCCCUCAGCAGCCUGGACCCCCUGUGGAGCCUCGGCAAGCGCUGAGACCGCCGGCUUCCUGCAGCUCCUCUAGCGCCGCUUCUUAGAAGAAAAACGUUUCAGCGGCGUCGAUUACCAAGACGUGCCUGGUGGCAGACGGUUUGCUCUGGGAGGGGGUCCGGGGGGGGGGUGGGGGUUGAUACCUGAGACACAAACGCACUUGCUUCUCCAUCACUGGUGGCUUCUGGGACCAGCUCGCUAUGCACUCGUCUGUAGUCCUUCGUUCCUCUUUGCUGCUUUUUUCUUUCCACGUCUGGAUGUUCUGCACUCCGCAGCGCCAGGAAAAAAAUCCCAGCAUGCACACUUUCAAUUUCAUUUUUUUUCUGCAUCUGUAACACUGUAAAUAUCUUAAAUAAAAAGUUAGAAUAUUCCAAAAGUACUUAUGGUAAACUUUCACUAAUCAUUCAUUGUUGUUAAAAAAAUAAAAAAUUAAUCCAGCAGAUUACAACAGACGA